AUCAUAGGACACUAAUGAGGUUAAAAAUAACUCAUCAUAGCUGUUGUUGUAACCUGCAGUAACUCAACAUGUCAAACUCGACUUUGCAGCAGAGAAUCCUGAAGAGAAGGAAGGACCUGAGGCAGUCAAUGACACCAACUAUGGACUUGGAGAUGACUCAAUCAACCACUGGCAAAGAGAAUGCGACAGCUGGAAAUGAUGAUGGUGACGACAUGGAGACUGUUAUGGGUCCACUGGAGGAAAUACAGGAAGCUGAAAAUCUGGUGGAGAAAUUAACAUCAAAUCGACAGAAAAAACUGAAUGAGUUGUCCAAAGCUGUCCAACCCGUUGAUGAUGAUGACAGGAAACCAAGCAGAGUACCCAAGAAGAAACUCAAGGGUUUUGCCGCAGAGCAAGCGAGGGCAGCAGAUACCAUACCAGAGAUCUUGGAUAGAACCAAGGAUAGAGCUGAGCAGGAGGAGGGCACCGCAGUGGGCAAGGGGAAAAAGAAACGGCCCAAAGGAAGGAGGGAAAACAAAGAACCGAUGAGUAUGGAAGAAGCAGUGAUAGCCGCACAGACUGGGGUAGUUACUGCUAAACCAACGAGCAGCCUCAUCAAUGCAUCCAUAAGAGAAAGAAUCAGAAUGAAAGUCAUGAAGGCUAAGGAGAAGGCAGAAGAGACGAUGAGAGAAGAAGUGGAGAAGGACCCUGAUAAGGAUGCCCCGUCUCGCAUGCUCAGAGGGAUGAGAGCAAGGGACAUGGCUACAAGAUUCGACGAUCCAAAAUUUCUGACCAAAGAAGAAGAGGAAGAAGAUGCCAUUCUGCAGCAGUCAAUAAUAGCCAAGAACCAAUGGAAAGCUGCCUUCAAAGCCAUCAAAGCACAGCAAUCGAUCUUACCAACUGAGGAGGAAAUCUAUGACUUCUUUACCCGUAACUUUGAUCCCGAGCCGGAAGAGCCACCCAAACCACAAGACGACGUCCCCCAAGAAGACCAACCCGGUCCCAGUGCCCAGGAAGCUGACAUCACUCCUGCCAAGAAGGCUGAGACCCCUCGCCAAGGAACCAAACCGGGAACGGAGGAGAAGAAAGAUGAAGAGAAGCCAUUGCUGUCUGAGUUUUUCUUAGAUCGUGAUAAUUGGAAGGACUUCCCAACCGAGAUGAAGGGUCCUGAGUUUAUUGCGUUAAGAGAUAGAGAAGAUUUAGAGAAGGGAUAUUAUUUCAUCCCAAGUGUAUCCAUGAUUCCUACUGACGAGAAGAUUGAAGGUGAGACGGAGCCUCGAUAUCUUGAAGAUGAAGGAUUCUACGUUGGUGUCAGACCGGAGAUCUCAACCCGUAAUCAGAAUAUCAUGGAACACAGACUGCUAAAUCGCCCUGAUAAGGGUAAGGGAUGGUUUGGUGAUGAUGGUCGUAUAAAAGUGUUACCAGAUCCGUUGAAGGAGACACCAACAAGACCUAGAAUACUGAGUAAUGAAGACCGAGAACCAGCUUUACAAUUAGUCUUUAGGAAGGCAGUGACAGUUGAAUUUGACCAUCGCUACAUCGAUGGCCUAGGCUACAAUCUAGGUGCACAAUACCAGCUAGAUGUCGACGUCAACAAACUGGUCUUCACACAUCACUCUCUAUUCAGUAAAGAGCAUGUAUUGGCAUCCAGACUGCAGCAGAUGUACAACCAGUUUCUCAAGAGGAAACAGAAAAAUACUGCUCAGUAUUUGAGUGAGAAGCUCCAAGCAUUGAAGGUUGCUGUGCGUAACCUACAAGGCCAACUGCAAGAGUUGAAGUCUCGUAAGCUGGAUCCAGAAACAUCCGUUGUAGACCAGAUCUCUCGGAGAAUGAUGGACUACAAGAAUGAGAUCAGGGAAACAACAAGACUACGAGACAAUGAGCUUCUUCAGGAUCGUCAGUUACUACGGAAUAUUCUAAAAGUCUGGAAAGAUGUGAAGGCACUGAGAGAAGAACAAGGCUGCAAUAACACCCCAGUCAAACUCAGCAUCCAUAAGGAAGACAGCAAUAGGGCAGAGGAUCAAGCAGUAUGGAAGGCCAUCCAGGAGGAAGAGGUUGAUCAGAUGAGAGGGGAUUAUGAGGAGGAUUAUCGCGGGGAGGUUGAGCGAUAUCGAACCCAACUAGCCACCUGGAAAGAAAAUCAUAAACUGAAGAAAGCUAAAAAGAAGAAGAAACGCAGAGGUUCUCAGGAAAAUCUAGCCGAGGAUGAGGACAAUCCGGAGGAAGACGACACUGCUGAUUCUGGAGCAGUUCCUAAACCUGUUAAACCAGAAUAUAACUUCAAUGAAGAUGAAGUCAAAUCUACUGUCCAAGAAAAGAUGCUCAAGUGCAGACGUCGUCCAGGUGAGCCAUUGAUAACUCCAGAGCUAAGUAACACAGCUGUCAUUACACCAACCCAUGAGUGUCCGAAAGAGGAACAAGCCAGAAGAUCUGAUAUGCAGAAAUGUAAAUGCUUUGUCAAAGUGCUCUUCAACCAUAAAGAGGUGUCUAGGACGUUAACAAAAUCAUUAACAUCAGACUUCUCAAUCCAUUUUGGGGAGAUCUUCAAUAUUCAGAUUGUUCAGUGGCCGGAGAGUGUGAUUCUACAGGUGUAUGAGACAGGUCUUCUUAGUAACACCCUCUUGGCUGAGAUUUACUCUGCAGUCCCUGAAACCCAAGUCACUUCAGACAAGGUGCAUCUGGAAGAGUUUGAAUUCAGUAGUGACCAGCAUGUUGCAUUUGACCACAGUGCAGUCGGCAGUGGUGUAUCAUUUCAUCUUGGUGAAGGAGAUUCAGCCCAGUUAUUUACUCUAUUGACAUCAGGAGCUCUGAUGUCCAGUGUGUCCUGGGGGCUGGGGGACGACGACACGCCACUCGUACCACCUGCAAAUCAGAACGCUAAUGCUUUUAGUUCUGUUAAGCAUCUUGAUGCAGUUGCAGCAAUUGGAGCCACAGGGAUGAUAGACCCAGAGAAGCUUGCUAAAUGGGUUGCAGAAGCUCGCUUAGAUCCUAACGACCCGGCUAAUGCUAACUUACUCUAUCUUAUGAAGGAUAACAAAGCAGAGGUAGGACAGGGAUACAAGGUACCAGACUUCUUUCGUCUUGAGCAGCUUCAGGCAGAGUUUAACUUCAUGACCACUGAGGAGCUGAAUGCCAUCAGGAGGCUUAAACUCAUCGAACUACGGCAGAAAGAGACACCAGAAUUCAGGAACUUCAAGAUGAUUCCGUUACUUGACAAGGAGAUUCCUGAUGCAUUGCUGCAGAAAUAUGAGAAGCGUAUCCGUGAAGAGGAGGAAGGUGUUGUAGAUGAAGACAUGGAUCCACACAGGGUUGCUGUAGCACUAUUCCUUAGCAAGGUACGUCAGCGAGUAGUUGCUCGGUUCAGAGCAGCUCAGCACCAGUACAGCCUGCAGGAUGUUGUCAAUGAAGACCAGGUACCAGACAUCAGCAUGUUGGGGGGAACGUUAGUGAAGCUGUUUGAGCCUCGGCGCCCUCUACGACCGCAGAGGAAAGAACGAAAGAUGGUGACUGCCCAAAACCUGACUGGACUGGAGGUUCAAAUCCUAGUGAAUAUAGAGAGAGCUGUGGAUAUUCCAAUCAGGAGGGGAACUGCAAGACAAGCUGGGGCUUCUCAAGUCGCCUCUAAGCCACAAGUGCGUCCAUUUGUUGAGGUGAUGUUCCAGGAGACAGUGCAACAUACUAGCGUUGCUGAAGGACCAAACCCCAACUGGAACGAAGAACUCAGACUGCCAUUUAUCGCCCCUAAUGAGGACUACUCAGCAGCCAACCUACAGACAGUCAAGGAUACUAUUUACAUCCAUCUAUUUGAUGAGGUCAUUACUGACCUAUUGGAGGAUGACCGAGACCGUGGGACCAACGUCCAUCAGAGGAUGGAGAGACGAUGGCUAGGGAGUAUCUCUAUGCCUUUUACAACAGUCUACUUCCAAGGCAGAGUGUCGGGCACAUUUCAAUUGGAGGCACCCAUGGUAUUGUUAGGGUAUGAUCGGAGUUCAGAGAACGUUAAUCCAGGAGCAGCAAACGCUACAUAUCUCACUCUCUUCAUCACCAUUGAACCUCCAUUGACAUCUCCAGAAAAACUCAAAGACAAGUUUGACUCAAAUGAGGAUGACCAGCUACUUGCAUAUGCAGAUAACUACCAAACGGAGUCAAGUGCUAAAUUCCCCAACCGUCAGUUGACAAUAACUGUAAUGGAUAUCAAUGGUAAAGCAGUAUUCAUCACACGCUAUUUCAGACCGAUCAAACCACCAGAUGAGGUUGUCGCUGAUACAACAGGUCUCAAGGCAGUGGAGAGGGUUGCUCGAUUUGUGUCCUUGAUUCCGUUUGUAUCGGACAAUGUUGUCUUCCCAGGACUCUGUGACAUUUGGAGCACAUGUGACCAAUUUCUUCAAAUGCUGCAAGGAGACGAAGAGGAGCAUGCUGUCCUUCUCUGUAAUUACUUCCUCUUCCUCAACAAGAAGGCCUGGUUAAUCACUGGUACAGCCAUCCCAGAGGGAACCACUACAUACGUCCUGACCAGAGAAGACAGUGGUAGCUACUGGAUCUGGAGCCCUUCAACUGGAGAGCACUACAACCAGUUCGAUAGUUUCUGUCCGUUGAAGACAGUGGGGAGUAUCGUGAACCAUGAAAAUGUUUGGUUUAACAUGCAAGUCAAUGAUGAGCCUCUUAGGAUUGACUUUGACAUCAGUAAAGCUAAGCUAUGGAAGCCUUUCUUUGGCCGUAGCUACCCAAACCCCGGGCUUUCAAGUGUUCAGCCAACGCAGUUAUCAUACUACCAGACUGACAGGGAAUAUGUGGCAGACCUACAGGACAAGAUUGAGAAGAAGUUAAGAGACUGCAUUAUGGCGUGGCGGCCACGUCACAUCACACGCUGGAAUCGUUACUGCACCCAGGUCUUCAGGCAAAUUCUACGUAAGCUUGAGUUUAGCCAGGCUGGUAGCGACGAACACCAGGGCGAGCUCCAACAGCUUCUUGAAUCCUACAAUCUCUGUGGCUUCCCGUUGCAUACUUCAUACACAGAGAUGCGUAUGGUGAUAGAGAAAGUGCGGAGUACCGGUGUACAUAUCAAUGAGUCUUCUGAUGUUGAGUUUGGUCUAGCUGUUCACAUUCAUCCGUAUCCAAACAGUGUACUUUCCGUUUGGGUUUAUAUCGCCUCUAUGACUAGGAAACGGUAGUUCGCUUCAAAGUUGGGUAUCAUCAUCAUGCUGACAUCUGUGUGGGUACAGCGCACAGGCCUUGCUCAGUGGCUACAUUUUGUUUGUUUUGUUUAUUAUUUGUUUCCAAUGUUCGGCAUGUUGAGUGGCUCGGUGAGGUUGCUUUGUUCCAAUGGAUACCUGUAAGGGCAGAGAUGGUUUAUGUGAAUGAUAAGCUUGGAGCACGUUUGAUAAACUCGCAGCACUGGCUGUUUACUCCCCAGGGAGCUGAGAUGGUUUAAGGAAUGAAAUAUAUGGCCAAGUGACCAGGGGUAAUAAUGUCAGAAGCGCUUUGAUACGUCCUUCAGGCUGUGAUAAAGCGCUAUAUAAAAAUGGAAAUUGAAUCCCAACCAUACUCAACGAUAUAAGUUCAGUACACCAUCAUUAAAGGGGCUUGACACCAUUGGUAAUUGCUCAAAAAAUUGUUUGCGUAAAAACUUACUUGGUAGACUGGCAGUUGUGAAGGAUGUAGACUUUUGAUUUUAGAAUGGCUUUUGGCUCUGUAAGCCCAUGCAAGACAUGUUUCCGCAUCCCAGUCAUUCAGUUGCAGUAAAACAAGUAAUUAAAAAAAGCACAAUGACAAUUUCUUGCAUUUCUGAAUCCACUUUACUCUUGAGUAAGUGUCUUUUCCCAAACAAUGUAUACACUGUACUAUUGGAAGAAAAACUUAAAGGAAGGGUAUUGGUAAUUAAUGCGAAAAUGAUUGACCAUAAAAACUUACUUGGUUGGUAAGUUGUAGACUGCAGCUGUAGAUAAUGUAUAACAUUUUGAGAAACAAUUCCCUUCAAAGCAAUGUGUUUUCAGAAAGAGGCAUUCAAAAACAUUUCAAUAUGAGAAACGUGUCUGAAUUAAACAUUUCUCAGAUUGGGUAUUCCAGUUACCGUUUAUUUCUUCUUUAUGGACAUAACAGUUCCAGGAUUUUGGCGAUAUCUCAACAACACUACACUCUUUUGAAAUGAAAUAUUCACAGGCAAAAUUUUUGGUAUUUAUCUGUAUUUGAAUGAAAUUAAAACAAGCGUACAGUUCCAUAAACCAAAGGUAUACUUUACCUUUAAUAAAAUACA